AGUCCUGCUCUUUUCAGGGUGGUAGACACAUGGACUGGACCUUGUUCCUAACUGUUUAUGUGACCUGCCGUUAGGAACAAAGCAAAAAUAAAGAAAAAGAUAAGGAAACUAUUUUGAUUUUUAUUACUGACUGAAGUGUCAAGAACAUGAAGUGGAGCUUGUGGCUUGGAGUCAUUCUCCUCACCUGUGGAGUUCUGUGCUGGGGAGUAAAGAUCCUGGAUAUCCCUGAGCAUGAUGGCAAGGAUCGUGUCCAUGAGCUGUCCAACAAAAACUACAAGGCUGUGAUGAAGAAGUACGAUGUCAUGGUGAUCUACUAUCAUGAAGCUGUUGGGAACAACCGCAUGGCCAAGAAGCAGUUUGAAGUGGAAGAGCUUGCUUUAGAGCUUGCCGCCCAGGUGCUUGAUGACUUUGACGAUGAGGAUAUUGGAUUCGGGCUGGUAGAUGCAAAGAAAGAUGUUGCUGUCGCCAAGAAGUUGGGUUUGGAUGAAGUCAACAGCAUUUAUAUCUUUGCUGAUGAUGAGAUAAUUGAAUAUGAUGGAGAGAUGGCUGCAGAAACACUUGUGGAAUUCAUCUAUGAUGUUAUUGAGGAUCCAGUGGAGAUCAUUGACACUGAAGGAGAGCUAAGAGGCUUUUUUAACCUCGAGGAGGAUGUCAAGUUAGUGGGAUACUUUAAGAAUGAGAAUUCCCGAUAUUUUAUUGAAUAUGAUGAUGCCGCUGAAGAGUUCCAUCCCUUCGUCAAGUUCUUUGCCACUUUCAAUUCAAAAAUUGCCCAAAAACUAAAACUGGAAAUGAAUGAGGUGGAUUUUUACGAGCCCUUCAUGAAGGAGCCUAGCACAAUCCCAGGCAAACCUCACACUGAGGCUGAGCUGAUUGACUACAUCGAGGAGCAUGAAAGACCGACUCUAAGAAAACUAGAACCCUAUAGCAUGUAUGAGACCUGGGAGGAUGACAUUAAUGGACAACACAUUGUGGCCUUUGCUGAGGAAUCUGACACUGAUGGUUUUGAAUUCCUGGAGAUUCUGAAGGAGGUAUCCCGUGAGAACACUGAAAACCCUGAUCUGAGCAUUAUCUGGAUUGACCCAGAUGACUUCCCCCUGUUGGUGCCCUACUGGGAAAACACUUUUGGCAUUGACCUUUCCUCUCCGCAAAUUGGUGUGGUGGAUGUGAAGGAUGCUGACAGCGUUUGGAUGGAGAUGGAUGAUGAGGACAUGCCCACUUCCUAUGAGCUGGACACCUGGAUUGAGGAUGUGCUGGCAGGCAAAAUUGACCCUGAUGACGACGACGACGAUGACGACGAUGAUGACGACGAUGAUGACGACGACGAUGACGACGAUGAUGAUGAUGACGACGAUGAUGAUGAUGAUGAUGAUGACGACGACGACGAUGAUGACGAUGAUGACGACGAUGAUGACGAUGACGACGAUGAUGACGACGAUGAUGACGAUGACGACGACGAUGACGACGACGACGAUGAUGAUGAUGACGAUGAUGAUGAUGAUGAUGAUGAUGAUGACGAUGAAUAAAUUCCUUCCAUCAUCUCAGGGAUUUCAUCAUGUUGACUGGCACUAGCCCAAAUACUUUAAUGACCAUGAAUGUGAAGUUCAAAAUUCAUCCAAGGUUUUAGCGUCCACACAUCACGGUCAUCACUUCCUGGUUUUGGAAGCUUUUUGCCUUUCCAAGGCAGGAAUCCGUCUGAAACCCUUGACACUUCAGGGGCACAUCAGCGUUAUUUGACUGGUCUUUUUAUAAUGCCCUUGGGGUGUUCCCUCAAUUUGUAAAUGUUUAUCUUGUCCAAGAUCAAAUUCUCAAUGUUGCUUGUUGAUGCUUAUUUAAGAGUGUUCUCUGAAAUAAAUAAAAAAAGGGGGGACAAUCCUGGGGGUAUUCACCCGUUUACGAUAGCUACAUAGCUACACAUUUUAACAAAGCAUUAGUAAUUUAUGUGUAUACGCACUGUCUUUUUAUAUGUGUACCCUUAUAAGAGAAAUAUUUCUUUGCCAUGGAGGUGGGUUUCUUACCCUGCCAUUUUUAAAAAGAAGCUAUUUUUUGAUUGGGUGAAAAUUUCAAUUUCAGUCUACUAAUGUGAACAUAUAUUAAACCAGCAAAAAGCGCAUUAUUUUUGUUAUUUGUUCAGAUGUGAGGCUGUGUUCACGAAUAUGUCUUAAUUUGACAAUUUCUUGUAAAAAGCAAGAGAUGUACAACAAAAGUAAAAGAGCAGAUUUUCUCCAAUGUUGGAAACAUGUAAAGACAAGAAGAACAAGUAACCAAAACUGUUUUCUGUCGUCUUCAUUUCAGUGUAUGUGCAUGUUUGUGAGAGU